AUGCAUGACACAAGACUCCUGAAGAAGGACAUCCACUCCAAGCUCCAGCACAGCAAGAGAGGACCUGCAUGGACAAAGGAAAGCAAAAAUACCUGCAGGAUCAAGGACAAGAUGACUGGUGGCAGCUGUCCCAAGGACAAUGUUUCUGAGAAACAGGAUGAAUCAGUUCAGAGUAUGAAAAGAAUCAAAUUGAAACAGAAUCUUAAAUCCCAAUAUAAUGAAGCCAAAAGGACAAACAAGUCAUCUGAGUCAUGGAUUACAAAAGAGGGAAAGGUCCACAAGUCUCAAGCGAUUGCACUAGAGAUAAAGCACGAUCGAUUGAAAAACUGCAAACUCCUUGUGGAGAAAGCAAUUAAGCUAAAAAAGAUAUUUACCAUCUUUGGACCAUAUCCAGUGAUCAGACAAUGUCUGCGCAACAGGGGCUGGUUAGAGAAGAAGAUGCCCAAACCACCAAAGAGCCUUCAGAAAAAGGAGAAGAUUAUCUUCAUGGAAAAUGAUCUAGAUGAUGGAGCUGGUGAUUCUGAUGGGUGCGAUUCUGAUGACAAAACGGGUGAUGAGAAAGACCUCUCUGAUGAUCCAGAUAACAUCCAUGACAUCGUGUCUCGACUAUUGAAGAACGAAAUGCCAUAUUUUCUCUGGACAAAUGGGGUUGAUGGGCAGAACCUGCAGAAAGAUCAGAUUUUCAACCAUUUUUUGGGGGCUGGUUCCUUCACCACAAAGGCUGGACUUUGUGUAAAUCUCAGGAACUUUCAAUGGUUUAAUGGGGUGAAUCCAGACAGUUUUUUCCCAAGAUGUUACAGAAUUGCAGUGGAAGACGAAAAGCAGUCAUUCAUUGAGGAUUUCAGACUGACUGCAGCCCGAAGUAUUCUGAAGUGGGUUGUGGAACUGAAGAAGACAAAUGAUGGUUUGCAAAAGGACCAAGAAAACAGAGAGAUGACAUCAAAGUCUUCUAUGAAAGAAGCUUUUCAAAGACACCCUCAUAAAAAAGGUGGAGUUGUUUCUGUUACGCUUAUUGAGACAGCACUCCGUGCCUGUGAAGAGUAUUUAAACACCAUGGAUCACAAGGAUAUUGAUGUGAGUCUGGACACACCACCAGCAGUAACAGAAAAACGCUGGGAAGAGACUAUCCAGCAGUACUACAAGGUUAUCCAUGAGGGAGCAACAAUUCAAAAUUGGAAUAUUUAUGCUGAGUUGUGUGAAAAUAUGCUGCAGCAGCUACAGAAGGUGAACGCACAGCUGAAGAUCGAAGGAAUGUGUAAUAUCUGGAUAGUGAAGCCUGGAGCCCAAUCUCGUGGCAGAGGAAUCACUUGCAUGAACCGAUUGGAGCAGAUCAUGAAGCUAGUUUACGGCCACCCAACUCUCAUCACAGAUGGCAAAUGGGUAGUGCAGAAGUACAUUGAGCAUCCACUACUUAUUUAUGGGACGAAAUUUGACAUGCGCCAAUGGUUCCUAGUAACAGACUGGAACCCAGUGACUAUCUGGUUCUAUAAGGACUGUUAUCUGCGCUUCUCAACCCAAGCAUUCUCCUUGGAGAAUCUAGACGCAUCAAUUCACUUGUGUAAUAACUCAAUCCAAAAAUAUUAUGUGGCAUCCUCCAGUCGCCACCCAUUAGUUCCUAAAGAUAACAUGUGGUCCAGUAACCAGUUCAAGGAAUAUUUGAAUAAAAGUGGCUUUACUAACACCUGGGAGGAUAUAAUCUCCCCUGGCAUGAAGAAGGCAAUUAUAAAUACCAUGCAGAUUAUGCAGGACCUUGUGAAACCUCGCAAGAACAGUUUUGAAUUGUACGGAGCUGAUUUCCUGUUAGGGGAGGACUUCAAACCAUGGCUGAUUGAAAUUAAUUGUAGCCCCACCAUGUCAGCCUCAACACCAGUGACAGCGACAUUGUGCAGCAAUGUUCAAGAGGACACUAUUAAAGUUGUUAUCGAUCGGAAGUUUGAGAAGACAUGUGACACGGGCCAAUUUGAGCUUUUGUAUAAACAGAAUACAACAAACAUUCCUCUGUACCUAGGAAUAAAUCUGCUGGUGGAAGGAUCAGGCAUCAAGAAACCACCCAUGUUCACUCAGAGGAGCAAUAGCUCUGGGAUGCACAACAUCUCACAGGUCUCCCAAAAUGUGCAAAAACCUAUUGCUGCCAAAGUUCACUACCGCCAAAAUUCCCUGAACUGUGAUGGAGACCAAUCAGCCAACACUGAAAAUACCAAAAAUAAAGACGCUUCAAAAUUGAUCAAUCCAAUAACAAUUUCUGUGCUGGUUGAUCCUGUCCAGUUGUUUCAGCACAAGCACUGGACUCCUUCAAUGAUCUGA